UGCUAACUAUGACCCGCCCCCGCGAACUAGAAACAGCAGAUAGUGUGACAGAUAGCGCAAAAGAAAGCCAGGCUGGAGCCGCGCUGGGAAGUAGGGGCCUGCCACAGUCAACGCAAGAACAACGCCUUUCAACACUAGCUAAGGAAACAAACAACUGGAGCUACAGAAUGGCAGUGGACAUCUACGACACUCAGUACCUCCUCAUCCUGGCCCCCUCCCUGGUUAUCGCCCUCAUGUUCCUCUUCUUCUGGCUCUUCAUGAAGGAAACCUCUUAUGACGAGGUGCUGGCUAGGCAGAAACGCGACCUAAAGCUGCCGCCUACCAAGCCAGACCUCCGAAAGAAGAAUGAAAAGAAAAAGAGCAAAAAGAAGGAGACCGCCAGUGGAGGAACAGCUGGAGGAGGCGGAGGAGAGUCCGAGGAAGAUCUGAAGGAUUUCAAUGUGGCUGACGGGGCCGAGAGCUCCAGUCUGGAGGAGGAACCUGCACCCGUGAUUGCCCCGGCGCCUCCAGCACCUGCGGCCUACGAGCCCGUUUCGCUGUCUACGACGGCUCCUGUCAGCUUGAGGGAGAGAAAGAAGAAGGAGAAAAAAGCUGCAAAGGCUGCUGCUAACGCCGCUGCAGCAGCCUUGCUCUCAGAGGAGCUAGCAGUGAACGAGUCCAAGCCGGUCAGCCACAAACCAGAGAUACAAGUGAAUGCAAGCAAGCCGUCAGGGUCUCCUCCUCCUCCACAGCCUGAGGUCCAGGCUCCAAUUCUGACUCCAGUUCAGGCUCCAGUUCAGGCUCAGACACCUCCCCAAACAUCUGGGAAGAAGAAGGAAAAGAAGAAGCAGAAAGUGGAGGCUGUUAAUGUUCAGCAGUUAGAAGUGAAAGCAGAGCAAGCUCCAGCACCAAACAAGAAGGAAGCCCCCCCAGCAGCAGAAACCAAUGUUUCUGAUGCUCCCAGUGGGAAAAAGAAGAACUCUGCCAAGAAGCAAAAGACUGAACCUGUCGACGACGCCAGCAUUUUGUCGAGUUCAGCCGCUUCUGCAAACCACCAGGCCCCUCAUAAUGAGGAUUUACCAUCCAAAGGGUCUGGCAAGAAACACAAGAAUGAAACGGAUAAAGAGAACGCUGGGCUGAAGCUGAAGGAGCUGCUUUCUGGUCUGUCCAGCCUGGUUCUGUCAGAAGCAGAAGCUGUCAGUGUGCUGGCUCUCAUAAGAGAGAAGAGUCCCAAUGCCUUAGAUGCCUGGCACAAAUCGUCAGGCAGGCCUGACCCCGCCGCUCAGGAACGGGAGAAACUUCUUACCACUCUGCAGGAGGAAGCUUCCAUCGCCAAAGACAAAGUGAAACAGCUCAGCCAGGAGCUUCAGGUUGAGAAGCAAAAGACGGGGCGAGUGGAGGCCAUGAUGAGAGAACAGCGAGGAGCCAUGGAGAAAGAGCUGGGGAACAUGCAGGCUAAAGCGCAGGGAAGCUACCAGGAUCUUCAAGCCAUGCAGAUAAAGUUUCAGCAGGUGAGGGAGCAGCUGGAAAGCCAGAUCUCACGGCUGCAGCAGGAGAACGGGAUCCUGAGGGACGCAGUCAGCUCAGCCACCAACCAGAUGGAGAACAAGAAUUCAGCAGAGCUGAACAAGCUGCGCUCGGAGUAUGCCGGUCUGAUGAAAGAGCUGGCAGACAGCAACAGCAAGCUGCAGCAGGAGGAGCACCAGAGGAAGUCACUGGAGGUCAGCUACAAGCAGAACGUGUCCCAGCUGGAGGCCCAACUACAGGAUGCAAAACGCAGCUGGGAAGAAUUGCAAAACUUCCUCCACAAUGUCAACGCUGAAAGAGAGAAACGUCAGGCCUCUAAGCAAGAGCUCCACAGCCAGUUGCUAGCAGCUGAGUCAGAGAUGAACAACAAGAACAAGGAGAUCCAGGGCCUCCACAGCAGCCUGACUGACGCCAUGGUGUCGCAGGAGCGACUGGAGCAGAGAGUGAUGGAGUUUUCCCAGCGCAGUAUUUCUGAUGACUCCCUGCAGGUGCAGGUCCAGGAACUGUUGAAUGAAAACAAGAGUCUUCAGGUCCAGAAUGAAAGCCUGCAGGCCCAGUUCUCCUCACAGGCAAACCAUGUCUCCCACAUUGAAGAGCUCCAAAAGCUACUUGCUGAGAAGGAACUGCAAAGGAAAAGUCUGGAGGAUUCUCUGAAUGCUGAGAGGAGCAGUGGGGCCAGCAGAGAAACAAACAUGCAGGCUUUGCACAAAGACAACAUGUCAUUAAAGGCAGAGAUUCAGAAACUGCAGGCCCAGAUUUCUGAACAGGCUGCUUCCCAGCUGGCUCUCGAGCAGUUCCAGAAGAGUGUCCAGGAGAAGGAGGAGAACAUGAAAACCGUAGAGGGCCUGUUGGAGAAGGGUCUCAUCGAGGUGGCCAACAAGGAGGAGGAGCUAAAGGUGGUAAAAAAGGAGAAAGAAGCACUUCAGCUGGAAAUUGAAAACAUUAAAAUAAAGAUGGCAGAACAGGCAUCUUCACCUUUGAUAGAAGAACUCACAAACAAGCUCCAAGAGCAGGACUUGAAGCUGAAAUCAAUGGAAACGAGUCUCCAAGCAGAACUGAACACCCGCUCUUCCCAAGAAGAGACAAUUGAGGCUCUGCAGAAGCAGCUGGCUGACCUCAAGGAACAUUUGGAGCAGCAGAAGAAGACGUCUGAGGAGCUGUCCAGUUCUAGCGUUCAGCUCAAGGAGCUCCGGGAUCAGCUUGGAGUGAAGGAGCAGGAAAUCCAACAGCUGCAGGCGGAGUUGGAGGCAAAGACGAAGGAGUCGAGUAUGACGGGAGAGCAGGUGGUAAACCAGGGCCACUCAGGACUUCCGAACCCGGAGCUGUUGGCUGCGUUGUCGGAGAAGCAGCAGCAGCUCUGCAGUCUGCAAGAGGAGCUGGAGCUUCACAGAAAAAAGAACAAUGAGCUUCGGGAGAAAAACUGGAGUGCAAUGGAAGCUCUAUCAGCCACCGAGUCCAUGCUUCAAGGAAAACUCAGCAAAGCUGUCAAGGAGCACGAGGCAGCACUGGCUCUGUCUCAAGCGGAGUGUCGAGAUGUUCUGCACAGACUUCUGCCUUAUGUGCCUCUGCCUUCAGGACAGAACCAUCAGGAGUGGCUGCAAAGAUUUGAGAAGGCAGCAGCGGAAAGUGCGGCUACACAAUCCAAUCAAGCAUCGCCAGACUCUAAGGGAUUGAUUGAAAAACUGAAGGAAGCGGAGGAAACCCAAAGGAAUCUAAAGAAAGACUGUGAAACGUAUAAGAAAGUUUUGGCAGAGACGGAGGGCAUCUUGCAGCGCCUCCAGAGCAGCGUUGAGGAGGAGGAGACCCACUGGAGGAUGAUGGAGCAAUCAUCGCAGGUGGAGCUUAGAGAGAUGAACCGUCAACUUUUAGGUUUGGAGGUAGAGGUGGAAAGACUGAAGUGCGAAGAAGAAUUGCUCAUAGGAGAAAAGAAGGGCUUGAUGGCUGAUCUAGAGAGGGCAGAGCACGAGAGGGCCACCUAUGUAACAGAAGUCACAGAGCUCAAAGAUCUGUUGACUGAGUUGCAGACCAGACUUGAUGGCUCUUAUACAGAAGCUAACAGGCAGAAUGAGGAGCUGACUUUGCUGAAAACUCAGCUCACUGAGACGCUGUCCAAGCUGGAGGCGAAGGAGAACGAGAGGCAAAAGGUGGCUGGUGACCUUUACAAGGCCCAGCAGUCUCUUGAACUCAUCCAGGGGGAGCUCUCAAAACUAACGGACAGCGCAGAUGACUUGAUCGAGAACAGCAGUCUGUCGUCACAGAGAGAGGAGAUGGACAAGAAGGAGAAGAUGACUGCAGGGCUGAAUCAAACCGUUCUAGAAAUGCAGCAGCUGCUCCAGGCUGUCAGCAAACAACUCACUAAGGGACAAGAUGGAGAGGCGGAAAAAGACCUUCCUAAGGUAUAGUGGGAGCCGAGCAAAGCAACAAGCAGCCGCUCCCACUGCACUACACAAAGGCCACCUUUGAGCUUUUCUCCUCCCUACCAAACUGUACCGCCACAGCCAGCCACCUCCCUCCACUCCCCCACCCUCUGCUCCUAUGUUUUUGGGAAGCCUGUUGGCUACCAGGGAGCAGGCAACAGUUCAAUUCUCAACACUCCAGGCACAGCACCAAAACACGAACGACUCCACUCCAGCCACAUUCCUUUUUUUGUUUUUUUCCUUUCCUGUUUUGCACCAUCUCCAGUCCAUUUUUAUUUUUGUCUCUGAACUUAAAAUAAAAAAAUGACCUCAAGCAUAACUUAAACUGUAAGGCAACUGUUCCUCUGUUUUAAGGCACCUGUGUUUUUCAAGUGAAACCCUUUUGAAUACUGCAGUCGCUCUUGUUUGUCUAGACCAGAGAGGUACAUGUUUCCAGUUUAUGAACAAACUGUUUUUUUUUCUCCAGUCUGUUUUUUUCUUAACUUAAAGACAUGUAUUGUUUAAAUGUACCAGUUAGGACCUGCUGAAAUACACUAUAGUUUCUGAUCUGAUGAUUUGCCUUCUGACUCGAGAACUAAACUGUACACCCUCCACCCAUUGCUCCUUGUGUACCUUGGUUCAGUAUUUGGGAGACGGAAGACCCGAAAGAGGUCACUACGGGUCACUACGUGACUGUAAUUUUGGUGAUGCAUGAACAACUUGUAGUCAAGUCUGUACUGCAGCUGUUAAGAGAUGGGAGUCUGUGACCCUGGAUGUGAAAGGAAGUGGUUUAAAAGUUUUUAAUCCUACUGUAACAACUCUAGAAAUAAGCAUCCCAUAUCAUAUGUAAUCAAACCUGCUAAAUUGUUAAGUUCAUUAACACUGAAGAGUUUUUUUUCUUUUUGUAAUGGGUGAUGUUAAUAAAAGGGAUGCUUAAUAGCUUGA